UCAGCGCCAAAAAGUGCACAGUUUCACCACAACAUCCCGUGUACCGUACGAUUCUACUACGUCGGUGACCAAAUCGUGACAAUCUGACGGUGGACAGUUUCUUCUUUGUCCGAAAAUUCCAAGUGGCUGUUGGUUCAGUGACUGCAUUAGCGUGCCGCUACAAGUUCGAUCGUUCGGUCGUUCCUAUCUCGGUAACGUUUCACCAUUGCCGGACUCGUUUGGAAUCAGCUGCUCGCUCGACAGGAAAAUUAUUUAUUCACACGCUCGGAGAAACGCGCGUCGCUACACCACCUACUUUCUGUCUACGUAACCAUCGCGAGGUGCGAGAUCUUCCGAUUCGAAGGAAUCGGAACGUUUGGCCGUCGCCAUGGUUCAGACAUAGAACUAAACCUAGUGCGAGUAAAAUCCAACCACCGUGUCCGUGAUCAUGUGCAUCAUGGACAUCGAAGAGAUCCGCGAUCUCUUCGACGAACGAGUCUAGUUAAAUCCACUGAAAUCGUCGCGGUCUGAUCGGUAGUGUCAAGAACGAAGAUGAGUGGUGGCUCGUAAAACGGCAGUGUAGAGAUCAAGUACUAUCCGUAAGAACAACUGUAAUAAUAAUACGGUGAUAAUAAUACGUUCGUACAGCCGCGUCGCGCCAGUGAGUUUUGCGAUUAGUCUGGAAGCGAUUUGACGAAAGCGAAUGUGAAGGUACUCUGAGAGGAAAUUGGGUGCAGAGAGGACAUCGAUAAUUCUUCUUACACAGAUGCGAACCGCGAACACUGAUGUGAAGAGGAAGCGCGGCUACCGCUGCUGGUAUCGUUCUGUUUGAGGGCGUCGGUUUUCGACUGGUUUAGGUCUAAGCCUGGCAGCUUAGCCUUGACUAGCUUCAGGAUGAUGUACUCGCCGGACAAGAUGAUGGGGAGCAAGGGGCUCCACGGGGCACCCAUCACGGCCCCGGGCUGUUUCCCUUCGGGAAGGUAUUCGCCUCCGCCUUAUCGUGCCGCACCGGAUCCCAUGCCGCCACCACCGCGACGCUGUAUGCCCAACCCUACGAGUCGUAUACUGGAAGAUGCCUCCAUUAUGUGCAAUUCCUGGUCACCAAGGCACAACGGUGACUUAUUCGGGGGACUGAACAGCGGUCUACAAGACGGCUUACUUUCGAGGGCGGAAGCUUUGGCGGCGGAUUUGGGAAAACACAACGCGGGCACCCCAAUGCCUUUGAAGCACGACCCUGUUUCCGUCUAUCAUCAUGGAACCCACAUGCCAACCCCCCAUCCAAAUAACCGGCCACAUCAUCAGAUGAGCCAUCCAGGAAUGGAGAGUCUGGACAUGUUGGAUCCGGCAAACUCGAUGACCACAUUGACGCCAAUGUCGGAGAAUACCGGCGGUGGACCAGGUCAUCAUGCUGGGAUUCACGGUCCCUCGGUUUACGGGGGGAUGAACGGAAUGAUGGGCCAUCAUCAUCAUCACGGAAACUUGGGCGGCGGCGGAGGUAGCGUACCACAUCCGGCUCAUCAUCACCCAGCGAUGGCGGCGGCAGCGGCAGCAGCCGCGGCCGCGGGUCUUCAUCCAGAUGCAGACACAGAUCCACGGGAGUUGGAAGCAUUCGCGGAAAGGUUCAAACAGAGACGCAUCAAGCUGGGCGUGACGCAAGCCGACGUCGGGAAAGCCUUGGCGAAUUUAAAGUUACCAGGCGUUGGAGCGCUAUCUCAAUCCACGAUAUGUCGAUUCGAGUCGCUCACGUUGUCGCACAACAACAUGAUCGCGCUGAAGCCGAUCUUGCAAGCGUGGCUGGAAGAAGCGGAGGCCCAGGCGAAGAACAAGAGACGAGAUCCCGACGCCCCGUCGGUGUUGCCAGCCGGCGAGAAGAAAAGAAAGAGAACGAGUAUAGCCGCGCCCGAGAAACGUUCUCUGGAGGCAUAUUUCGCUGUGCAACCACGGCCGUCCGGCGAGAAGAUCGCCGCGAUCGCGGAGAAGCUGGAUCUGAAAAAGAACGUGGUCAGAGUUUGGUUUUGCAACCAACGGCAGAAGCAGAAGCGCAUGAAAUUCGCGGCUCAACAUUGACCCGAGGGUGGCUUGUGACAGCAAAACUGACCGUAUCAGUUGCCCAGUCUCGAGCCUAAACCAGAACCCUUGACCGAGUUUCAGGGAUGGCCGUAAACGGAAACGGACGAUAUAAGAGCACGAAAGACGCGAUCGCUGUGGGAAUGGAAUUACGUACAUACGUACGAUCAUAACCGGCAGUGGGAUUUAAACGUAGUGCGUACCAACUGUCCUACGUGGUUGCUGAUGGUGGGGUCAUUGGAAUUGGAAGUGAUGCGCGUACGACUUCUCGGCCAUUCAAGUGGAUCGCAAACGUAAUUAGCUCGAUGCUGCGGCCAAAUAAGAGUAAGCGAUAGUCAGACUGUCACAGGCUUUAUGCGAAAUAUUUUACGGUCAUUGCGCGCGCGCGCGUGUGACGUUCUCGACGCGUCUCCAGUCUCCCGGCGAAUUUUCCACCGGAACCGACGAUGCUUGACGAAUCGAUUCACGAGCCUCUUCCCUCUUCACUUUGCCAUUUCAACUUGCUCGUAACUUUACGCUACCAUUCUAAUUACGAUGAAUAACAGACUCGAAAACUGUCGUUCGAAUGUUUACUGGUUCGCA